GACGAAGAAGCUGAUGAUGACGAUGAUGAUUUUGAAGAAGUUAAUUUUGAUAAUGAGGAUAAUGCUGAUGUUGUUAUGGAAGGUGUUCCUGCUGAUGAAGCGCAUCCCUCAUCGAUUCCUCAAAAUGUCGAAACUGAAGGUCCUACUGCUGAUGUUCCUACAAAAAUUCCAACAAUAGAAGACGAAGAUGAGGAACCUUUGGAUUAUGGUGAAUAUGGAUAUUCACCAGGUAAAUUUUCCUGCAAUUUUAUCAUUUAAUCUUCCGCUUGCUAUUACUACUUUAUCAUUAUUGUUAUUUUCUUUAUUUCAGGUGCUCAUGUUGUCAAUACUGAGAUGGAUGAUACUUCCCCUGCAGAUCUUCCUCUGGUUGCACCAGUGGUCUUACUGAGGGUCUCACUGAGGGUCUCUUUGACUCCUUUAGUAGCACCAAGGGUGGUGGCUCGUGGAAUUGUCUUUCCGGUAGAGCCAACCAAUUUGUCAACUCUGAAGACCAUAGACUCAAGUACUGAGGCCAGAGCGCCUUCUUUUGCUGAGAUGAUAGGAUUUGGUCCUCCCUCUGCCAGGGAGAUGCAAUCUCAUGUUGCUCAAGUCUUGGUGGAAGGAAAUCUGCCUCAAAGCGGCACUGCUAGCUCUAGCUCCGUAGCUACUAUAUCGGAUAUAUUAUCUUUUGAGAAGGUUCUUGCAUAUAAACUGACGUUGAUGAGGAAUUCUAUGCCGGCAGCUGUCGAGAUGUUUAAAGAUCCCGAUCAAUGGUCGGAUCUAGUUGUUGCUAUGGAUGUCUUAGACAAUGCUACGAGAAUGGCCAAAGUCAAUGUCUCUCCUGUGCGCGAUGCUCUCUCAAGAUUUCAUAAUUCAAUAAUUGCUUUGAAGUCAGUUGAGAAUAUAGUUGUUACUCCGAAAAUUUUGGAGUCUGGAAGACAACUAGCAUCUUCUAAAGAGAGCUUCCCAGAUUGCCUCUGUCAUCUCUCGACAUGAUCAAGAACAGUUAUCUCUUCAAGAGCAAUUGAAGGCUUCUACUGAUAACAAGAUAACUAUUCAGAGCCGAAUUGCUCUUCUAAAGCUAGAGAUUAUCCAGCUGGAGACACAAGAUUGGGAGGAGGAUCUGAACAUAAGGAAGAUACAGGAAAAGAUGCAAUCCAGUCUUCAUUCUGUUGAUGCCGAGCGAUCUAAAUUAACCAAAAAUGAAGAAUUAAUUGCCUCGUUGGAGAGAAAGUUAGUUGGCAUUCUAAAUCAUACUAGAAUCAUUUCUGAAGCUAAAUCGGAACAUGUUGCUGCUCAAGUUCAUCUCAAGGAAAAUUUGCAAAAAUACUUAGCAGCACUAGGCAAGGCAGAAGAGUCGUAAAAACUUUAUCCUGUUUUCAUUUGUCAUCAUAUGUACUUUUUUGAAUUGCAAGAUAUAUAAAUACAUUAUGAUGUUUUUGAA